AUGGGGGAACAACAAUCUAUACCAAUCGCUACUGACCAAACUAAAACUUAUUUAGACAUUAGUAAUCAAUUACUUCCUGAAGCUCCUAACCUUAAUCAAUUUCCUGGAUUAAAAAAUUUAAAUUUAUCACAUAAUCAAAUGACAUCAAUUGACUCUUUAGUAACGUUAUUAAAUUUAACUAAAUUAGAUGUCAGUAAUAAUGAAUUAGAACUAAUUCCUGAUUUGCUAUAUAUUAAUUUAACUCACUUACAAGAUUUACAGGUAGAAAGUAAUCAACUUCGUGUUCUUUCUCCAUUAAUUUGUUUUCUCACUUCAUUAGUUAAUCUGAAUUUAUCAAGAAAUAAAUUAGAACAAAUUCCAGAUCCAAUUAGUUCAUGUCAUGAAUUAACUUUAUUAAAUAUAAGUUUUAAUUCAUUAAGAAAUAUUCCACCAACAAUUAUAGAAUUACCUCAAUUAAAAGCACUAAUUUUAAAUAAUAAUAACAUCAACACUAUUCCAAAAGGUAUUGGAAAAUGUACAGGAUUAACUCUAUUAAAUCUUGGAGAAAAUGAGAUGCAAGAAGUACCUGAUUAUAUUAAGACAUGUACUAAUUUAGUUAAAUUAUAUCUAGAUAAUAAUGAUAUUAGAAAAGUUACACCUUCCAUUUCAAACUUAGUUUCAUUAAAAGAACUCAAUCUGAGAUCGAAUGGAUUACAAAGACUUCCAAUUGACCUUACUAAGCUUACUAAUCUUAAUAUGUGUGAUGUUGGUGAUAAUCAAUUCAAUGAUAAAUUCUUUGACACUGAACCAAGUAUUACAAGUUUAUUUAAAUAUUUAUCAACACACUCAUUUGUUUCUCUAACAAGAAAAGUUGCUUCUAAAACUGAUAGAAGAAAACAAAGUCUUCAAACUCAAUUAAAGAUAAAUCAAAGUAGUAAGAAAAAGAUAUUUAAAGAAGAUGAUAUUUAUAUAAAGAAAUUGUUAUUGAGAAUUAGUGAGAAUGAUGACUUUACUUAUUGUAGAAUAGUCAAUUGUAAAGGAACAGAAAUUAACCAUAAUGAUGCUUAUAUUUAUGAUGACCUUAAAUACAUUUAUGUUUGGAUUGGUAAAAAGUGUAAUGAUUUUAAAAAGACUAAAGCCAAAUCUGUUGCUUCGUUACUUAGUCAAGAAGAGUUAAGUGAAGUCAUUUAUAUUGAUUAUACUGAACAAAAGAAUGUCCAUGAUACUUUUCUUAAUAUUUUUAAUGUUGAUUCAUUUGAUGAAAAUACAUAUGAUAAUGAAGAGUUAUUUAUUCAAUACAUUAAUUCAUUAAAAACAUUUACAUUUGAAGACAAUGAUAUUGAAGUUGUUGUAGAUGAAGUUCAUGACGAAGUUUUGACUUCUGAAUUAUUACAGUCAUCACGUUCACUUUUGAUUGAUACAGGUAUUGAUGUUUUUGUGUGGUGUGGACAAUAUAGUGAUAAUAAUGAAAGAAAUACUGCAUUAUUACAAGCAGAGUCAUUACUCAGUUCAAGUGGAAGAAGAAAAGAGUUACUAAAUUUUGUCCUUGAAGGCAAUGAAACUUUAAUAUUCAAAGAAUAUUUCCAUGAUUUAGCCAUUAAAGAUGAUAUGGUUACUUCCAAUACUACUGACUUCUCUGAUGUUCUUCGAUCACCUUCACCUUCUUCUUCUCGUUCUUCUCAUAUCAGAAGAACUUCUGGUAGUCAUUUAAGAAAUUCAGGUGACUUUUCAUCAAGAAGUCCAUCUCCAUCUCCAUUACAAACACCUAGAGUAUUACCAAAGGAAGUUCAAGAAAAACCACUUAUUCAAGAGGACCAAAAAGUUCCAGAAAAAGCUCCUAUCAAAGAUAAAGAAGAAUUAAAAGUUACUGUUAUAGGUCAAGUUAUUAAGGAUGAAACAAAACCCAUAGAAAACAUUGAAACUAAAAAUGUUGAGAAAAAGACUGAACACACUGAUAAUGAAAAACAUGAACAAACCAGUUCAUUUGUAAAUCAAACACCAAUAACAAUUGAAAAUAAUCUAGAGAAUAAAAAAGAAUUAAAAGAAUCAACACAAAAUGAUAAAUACAAUAUAAAAAAAGACUCUAAAAAAGAGAAAGAAAGCACAGAACCAUCAAAAGGAAAUAAUGAAUUAGCAACAAACCAAAAGAAUUUGGACCAAAUAGUUAAUGAAGAAGAUACUCAACUAAUCAAAGUACCAAGAAGAACUGUUGUAAAGAAACGAGCAGCCGCAAGUAAAAAUAUUACUCAACUACAAAAAGACAUUGGAGCAAAAACUGAACUAGAAGAAAAGAAGCAAGACCAACCAAAACAAAUUUCAUUUGAUGAUAUUCUUCAACAAAGAGAAAAGUUCGUAGCAAAAAGAAAUCAACAAAACAUUAAAACUGAAGAAGAUUACAUUAAUGCAGCAAAUUCAAUUACAGGUAAUCCAUUAGAUCUUCCGAGAUUAUUCCAAAUUAAAGGACAAAAACGACCAUUUGUUAGACAAGUUGAAUGUACAUGGAAAAGUAUGAAUUCAGGAGAUGCUUUUGUAUAUGACCCAGGAAAAGGGACUAGAGUCAUUUAUCAUUGGCAAGGAAAGAAAAGUAAUAGAAUGGAGAAAGGAAAGGCUAUGGAUAUUGCCAAAAGAAUCAAAGACAAAGAACGUGUUGGAUGUAGUCAAUUACUUAUUGAAGAAGGAAAGGAGCCGGAAGCUUUUUGGAAAGGAUUACAAGGCCCACCAACACACCCAAUACCUGAAGAUGAUGGAAAGAUUGAUACUGAAGCUGAAGUUCAAAUCAUUCAAAGAAUUUGUUUAUAUUGGUUGAGAUAUGAUGAAAGUACUGAAGAAGUUAUUAUGGAGAAAACUGUAGAUAUAAAGAAUCAUAUAUCCAAAGGGUUAUUAGAUGUGACUCAAUGUUAUUUAUUAGACUGUGAAAAUGAAAUGUUUUUAUGGUUAGGAAAUAAGUGCCAAGUAAAAGUUAGACAACGCAUUAAUAAGUUUGUUGAAUCGAUGUACAAUGAAAGAAAAAGUCUUGGAUGGAUGGCACCAUUAUAUAAAGAAUACCCAGGAGGGGAAGAAGUUAUGUUCAAAGAACGCUUUUAUGAUUGGAAUACACUACCAAUAGGAAGUAAAGAAGAUGUAUCAAGUGGAAAAGGAAUUGUCUAUAAGAAGAGUCAAGGAAUGACUAGUGAAGUUGAUUUUAAUAAAAUGAUGUUACCUGCUACAGAAAAAACAGAGGUUAAGAUUGAUGAUGGUAAAGGAGAUACUCAAAUAUGGAAAAUUGAUGGAUUUAAUAAAAUAGAAAUCAAACCUGAAGAAAAAGGAGUGUUAUUUGAAGCAGAAAGUUAUAUUAUUCUCUACCAUUAUAAAAUUUGGGCAAAAGACAUGUAUUUGUUGUAUUUUUGGCAAGGGAGAAGUUGUGCUGUUAUUGAUAAAGGAACAAGUGCAAGACUAACAGUUGAUUUUCAUAAGACAUUAAAGAGUGAUACAAAAGAAAUGAGAGUUGUUCAAAAUGUCGAAACAAGACAUUUCCUUUCAAUGUUUAAUAAUUCUUUAAUAAUUAGACAAGGAAAAUAUAAAAAAGAAUUUGAUUAUAACAAAAAGUACUUAUUUGAUAUUAGAGGAAAAGAAGAGCCUUUUAUCAAAGCUAUUGAAGUUGACGUACAACCAAAUGCAUUAUGCAGUUAUGGUGUAUUUAUUUUAUUAACUCCUAAAACAAAAUUUAUUUGGAAAGGAAAAUUUAGAAAUGAGAAAUACGUUGAAUUUGCUGUUGGUCUUGGAAAAGUCCACCAAUUUAUGGAAAGAGAGCAAUGUGUUGAAAUUGAAGAAGGUAAUGAAAGUGAAGAAUUUAUUCAAGCAAUUGGAGGAAAAUAUGAAAUUGAUCAACCAACUCAUAUGUACGUUGAUAGACUUUACCAAUUGUCAACUACAAGUGGGGCUUUAAGGUGUGAAGAACACGUAAGGUUUUAUCAAGACGAUUUAUAUUCAAAUGAUGUAAUGCUUCUAGACACAGUUGAUGGGUUAUAUGUUUGGUUAGGAAGUAAAUGUUCUGCUAAUACUAAGAAGAUGUCAUUAAAUACAGCACUAGAAUUUGUAAAGAAAGGUAAGACACCUGAACUACAGAAAAGAAUUGUUUAUGCUAUUCAAGAUAAAAAAGAGCCAUAUGUUUUCACUAAAUAUUUUCAAGGAUGGCAAAAGACUAAAGGCCAAGAAUGUUCAAUAAAAGGAAACAUUUUAUUAGCUGAAGAAGAGUACAAAAAAUUCUUUAUUAAAUAUUCAUAUGAUGACCUUGUUAAUAAGAAAUUCCCAAAAGGAAUUGAUGAACAAGCCUUAGAGACUUAUCUCACUGAUGAUGAAUUUGCUAAAGUGUUUAAUAUGUCUCUAGACCAAUUCAAUACCUUACCUCUUUGGAAAAGAGAAAACCUAAAAAAAGCAAAGAAGCUUUAUUAA